AAGCUUGCCAAUUGAAGGGUACUAAAUAUAAUUUACACAAUAGUAGAAAAUUGUACAAAUUGUAGAAAUUUGGAAACGAAUAAGCAAAAUUCUCUAUCAAGAACUUUAGAAUUAGGAAAAAGGACCAUGAUGCUGAACAGAUUGAGCUGGUGUUGUGGCACCGGCCUGCGCUCCUUCGCCAAGGACGUUCGCUUUGGCGUCGAAGCGCGCAGUCUGCUCCUGCAGGGAGUGAACACCAUGACCAACGCGGUGGCAGCCACUUUGGGUCCCAAAGGCAGGAAUGUGCUCAUCGAACAGCUGCUGAUAUCGCCAAGGAUCACCAAGGAUGGCAGUACGGUGGCCAACAGUGUGCAGCUCAGGGAUCGUCGCCAGGAUAUGGGUGUCCAGCUACUCCGCCAGGCGACCAACAAUACCAACAACUUGGUGGGCGAUGGCACCACCACUGCCACGAUCCUUGCCCGUGGAAUUGCCUGUCAGGGAAUGCAUGCGAUUCGUCAAGGACAAAUUAAUGUUCAGUUGCUAAGGGAGGGUAUCCUUCAAGGAUCCGAUGUGGUGUGCGAAGCUCUGGGAAAGAUGUCCCAAUCGGUAGAGACCAUUGGCCAAGUGGAAGCCGUGGCCAAAGUAGCCUUGAAUGGAGAUGAACGACUGGCCGAAAUGAUUGGCGACACCAUCAUGGAGUUGGGAGAAUGUGGAGUAGUCCUUGUGAAGGAGUCUAGUGGUCCCUUAGACGAGGUUAGGUUUUCUCAAGGCGCUACCUUGCCAUCGGGUUAUUGUUCCCCAAUGUUUGCAAACAAAAGUAGACGCAGCAAGGUGGAGUUUGGAAACUGCUUAUUACUUCUCACCUUGGCCAAGAUUGAUCAGCUGGAACAGAUACUUCCCGUUUUGGAGUUGGCAAAGUUGAAGGAGAAACCUCUUUUGAUUAUAGCCAAGGAUUUUUCGAGUGAUUUGAUUAAGAUCCUGGCACUCAACCAUUUGCAUGGUCGAGUGCAGGUUUGUAUCGUUAAAGCACCUAGCUUUGGUGAAGAACAGCGAUUGGAAAUGCAGGAUUUGGCGUUGGCCAUGGGUGCCCAUCUUCUGGAGGGUGCUUCCUGCUUAAGGGAACUAAAGGAAGAGGAUCUGGGCGAGGUGGGAUCGGUAGUGGUUACUGCCAAGGAGACGCACCUUAUGCAGCCAGUUGGAGUCAACGAGGAUCAGCUGCAGAGUCGCAUUGAUUACCUUCGUGAGCUGGUUGGUGAGGCACUUACCGAAGAGGAGCAGGAUCGGCUGAAUAUACGACUGGGUCGAUUGCAGGGCUAUCUGGCCACCAUUUACUUGGGUGGCAAUAGUGAACUGGAGGCAACCGAGAGAAAGGAUCGCUUCAACGACGCCAUGCAUUCCGUGCGAGUGGCAAUUAGUGAUGGAGUUGUUCCCGGUGGUGGAACCGCUUUUCUGCGCUGUAUUCAAGCUCUGGAUGAAUUACCCCCCGCGGAGGUGAUGGAAUACCAGGUGGGCAGGGAAAUUGUGAAGGAUGCCCUUCGGCUUCCUUGUUAUACAAUCGCCAAAAAUGCUGGAGUGGAUCCCAACGAGGUUCUUCAAAAAGUAUUAGCAGGCACUGGCAGUUUUGGAUACGAUGCCGCAAAAGGGGAGUAUGGAGAUCUCAUGGAAUGCGGAAUUGUGGAUCCCACGAAUGUGAUGCGAGCUGCCAUUUCGGAUGCCGCCGGAAUCGCCUCACUUUUAGCCACCACCGAAGCGCUCAUCACUAAGCAACCGAUCAAACCGAAGAUUGCCAAGAAUCAGGUUACCCAGGAUCUGGCCAAACUUGUUGGCAUGUAGUCGAAUUUUUUAAAGUUAGUGAGGAAAAGUAAAGAAUUGGUUUUAGAAUUUUAUCAUCAGAAAAGUAGGCUAUGAAAAAUCUCGCUUAAACUAAUAAAUUCUAUGUUGAAAUAGCA